AUGCAGCCUGUCACAGCAUCAGUCGAGGUGCUGCUGAGUGAUCCGACAGCUCUACUCAUCAUACAGAGCAUUUUCAUCACUCACACUGUCAAUCUACAAGCAGCUGAAGGCAGGUGCAGCAGGCAGGACAGCCACACCUCAUGCGCGGGCUCAGCAAAGCUCCGAGUGGACACGGGUCUGACAAACAUGGGUGUUCUCCAGCUCCACAACCCCACUCACCCCAGCACGCUCCUGCAGCGAGCCAACCAGAUGCGUCUGACCGGUACCUUGUGUGAUGUCAUCAUCACAGUGGACGGCCAGGAGUUCCCGGCGCAUCGCACAGUCCUGGCCUGCACAAGCAAAAUGUUCGAGAUCUUAUUCCACCGCAGCAGCUUGCGUUAUGCCCUGGACUUCCUAUCCCCUAAGACUUUCCAGCAGAUCCUGGAGUAUGCUUACACCGCCUCACUCCAGGCUACCGCCGAGGACCUGGAUGACCUGCUGUAUGCCGCCGAGAUCUUAGAGAUCGAGUACCUGGAGGAGCAGUGCCUGAAGGUGCUCGAAACCAUCCAGGCAGAGGAGAGCGAGGAGGUGUCAGUGAGGAAUCACAGCUCCGGGGAGCACAGUGACCACAGCCGGGCCCGACACUGGAGGCACAUGUUGAUGUCCAAGAAGCAUUCCAUACAGGACGGACCCACCCGGACCACUCCCUCUGCUCUGCACCAUCUGGCACUGUACCACAUGUCAGACCGGAACUCUCCUGGUCCAGAGCCUGAGGCGGCACCUGAAUUAAGCCCCAAACUGGACACAGAGGUGGACAUGGAGAGUUCCCAUCAGCCCCAAGACAGCAGCACAGAGUCCCAGCCUGCAUCUCUGGAUCCUGUGAGAAGUAUCAAGUCAGAGAGCAUGCAGGUGGAUGAUGCCAAUGGCUGUGAGGGCCGGUCCUCCAGCACCAGGGAGGGCAGCUGCGUGUCAGACCAGCCCAGAGAAGAGGGCCCAGGGACACCUCUGAGGGGCAGCGUGAUCACCAGUGCCCGAGAGCUGCACACCAGCCCUGAGGAUGGAGGAGGACAAGCUGUUGGGAACUCUCUGGACUGUUUCCCCGGGCUCGCUGAGAAACAUCUGGCCUCCAUAUACUCUGUGCCCUCCAACCACACAGGGGAAGGGAUGCUGCCAGUGUCCGUCUCAGUGGCCCCAUCCCUGGGCGUACCACUUGACCCUAGAGCCUAUGGUGGGCUGCUGCAUCAGGGCCUGCUGCACAGGGAGCUUCUGAACAGACUGGGGCAGUUUGCAGCGGGUAUGAGGCAAGAGGGCCAGACGCAAGGCCAGCAGUGCUGUGGAGAAUGUGGGCUUCAGCUGCACAGCAGGCAGGCCAUGGAGCAGCACAGGAGGCUGCAUAACGAGGAGAAGGGCCACGGCUGCGAGUACUGUGGCAAACACUUCCAGGACAGCAUGCGGCUGAGGAUGCACAUGCUGUCUCACACAGCUCCUGCUGAGGCGCUGGUGUGUGAUCAGUGUGGAGCAACUUUCUCCUCAGAGGAUGCUCUGGAAGCCCACAGGCAAACACACACAGGGACUGACAUGGCGGUGUUCUGUCUGCUGUGUGCGAAGCGCUUCCAGACCCAGAAGGCCCUGCAGCAGCACAUGGAGGUCCAUGCAGGCAUGCACAGCUACAUCUGUAGCCACUGUGAGCGCCCCUUCCCUAGCCACACCACCCUCAAAAGACACUUGCGCUCGCACACGGGCGAUCACCCGUUUGAGUGUGAAUUCUGCGGUAGCUGUUUCAGAGACGACGGCACGCUGAGGGGCCAUAAACGCAUCCACACAGGAGAGAAACCUUACGAGUGCAAUGGCUGCGGGAAGAGGUUCAGCCUCAAACACCAGCUAGAAACACACUACCGAGUACACACAGGUGAGAAGCCAUUCGAGUGUAAGCUGUGUCACCAACGGUCCAGAGACUACUCGGCUAUGAUCAAGCACCUGCGCACACACAACGGAGCGUCACCGUACCAGUGCACUAUCUGCCAGGAAUUCUGCCCAAGCCUGGCCGCCAUGCAGAAGCACAUGAAGGGCCACAAACCCGAGGAGGUACCAGCCGACUGGAGGAUAGAAAAGACUUACUUGUACGUCUGUUACGUCUGAGCAGGACUUGGACUUGAGCACAGUCUGACAUACACGGUCACUGCUGGGUGAAAACCUCGUACCUCCAGUGCUGCUGAUUUUUUAAGCCGAAUGAUUACAAACGUUUGUCUUUGGGGUUUAAAAAGUCAUUCAGACUCUUUUUUUGGAUCAGUUGAAAAAUGCAUUGGGGAUGCUACUAAAGUUGUCAUUCUGGGAGAUACAAGGUUUUUACCUGACAGCAGAGAUGUGCAAGAAAAAAAAUGUUGACACUUGGGCUGCAGCAAAUGAUCAGACUCAUUAUCAAUCACAUCAUUUUACUACUAAGUGAUGAAUCUGGAAAUGUCAGAAAAUAGUCACAUGGUGGUGUCAAGGUGUCAUUUUCAAAUGACUAUUUUUAUCCGCCUGAAGAGAUUCAGCCCACAAUUAUACAAAACAGAGAAAAGCACCAAAUUCUCACAGUAGCAGGAAACUCAAAAUAUGUCUAAUAUGAUCAGUUGAUUGACAAACGUCAACAAAUGUUCUCCUAACAGCCUUUUUCUCCAGCCCUAGUGCACACAAACACAUUCUGUCUCUCUCUCAUGCAGUUUGACUAAACUGUAACUCUAAUGGUUCCACUGUGGUAAGAUUUAAAGCCACAAUGGCUACAACUGCUGACCUGUAUGUGUAGCAGGAGCGCUUUGAUUGAUUGAUUGAUUGAUUUAUUGCUAAAGUAGGCAACAUGAGUCAUCUCAAUGAUUGUGCAGUAGAUGUUGAAAAUAAUUCCACGAAGGCUUGACUGGCUGAACUUUGCAACACUUUAUCUCCUUGUGACUUCUCAGUUUGUUUUUUUUCCACUGUUGGAUUUUUAUUUUGAACUUGUUUACUUUGUGCAUGUUUUACUUGAAUGGCUGCCACAUUUUGACCUCAUAAGCUUGAUCUCUUUAAUUGCCUUGUCUAUUCUUGCAGUGGGUGAUAUUAUUUCAAGGUAGCUGGCUUACAAAUUGUUUUCUCCUGCAAAUGUAAGAGGUUUUGCUAUUUAUAUGUUGUUUAUUUGUUACCAAAUAUGUGCUGGUUUUCAUCAUCACACCAUUGGCGUGUCUCGGGAUGAUUUCUAGUAGAGCGAGCUCUACCUCCUCACUCUUUACCUUUUGUUUUAACCUACUGCAGUUUAUUCAUCUCUCUGUAGUUCUGAUUUCCCUCAUUUAAAUGGUCAAACAAUGUGUUAAAAAAAAUCUAACAGCCUCAACAUGGCUUUUAUGUGUAGUUUUGUAUCAUUAACUAUAUAUAGAUGUCUUAUAAAAUCACAAAAUCAGAAUUUUCUAGAAGAAAAUUGAAGAAAAAAUGCAGAUUUUUCUUUUUUACAGAGGCUGAAAGAAAAUUCUGACAUUGAAUCACUAUGAGCAGGUUAUUGUCAGUUCUAGUGUAGCUGUAAUGUACAAACUGUCCUUGUAUGUUAUUCCCUUAUGUGAGCCUAAUACAGGCCUUAUAGCAGAAAACAUGUUGUAUUUUUGUAUUACAGUAAUUUGCUAUCUGUUUACAUUUGGUAUGAUUUGAGAAACAUCUUAAUGUGUGUGUUUUAUAAGUCUCUGAUUUGAUCAAGAUCCCUCCCUUGUGCCUCUUUUAUAAGUAGAGCAUUGAUGUGCUUGAGUACAUGGGUCUGUGCUGUUGGUAGUUGUUUCUGGAUGUUUGUUUAUUGUUACUCAAUUAAAGAUAGACUGCCAUGUACAUCCACUUUGUCUGAACAUGCAACUGGAAGCAACAUACUGUGAUAAUGGCUGAGACAAGUGUGGACUUUUACAGCAAAAUUGCUUGGAACUUGCAUCGAUUUGUUUCCUUUGCAGGGACAAUGGACUGAGAUCUGUGGAUUAAAAAAGUGUGUAUAGCAAACCUUGGCAUCUGUGGGCAUUUACAAUGCCUUCUUGAGCAGCCAACAACACACAGUGCCAUGAAAACACACAUUCACUGUAUCUAUUCUACAUGAACAUGCACUAUUAAUGGAUUUCCUUGGUGGACCAAAAGAAAUAGAGCACUUUUGUUUGGAAAGGGUUUUUUUCUUUGAUCUUUCUAUGUUGUGAUAAUGCAGAUGUCCUUUUAUUUGAUGUGUCCUAGAACGAUGUGAUUAGCAUUGUUUAGAUUAUGUCAAUGUCUGUCUACCUCAGGGCCAGAUCAAAGCUCGACCUGGUAUCCAAUCAGGGUUGUUCUUCUUGCCAUGUGUGCAGUAAAAUCCCUCUUCAUUACAGCUUUGUAACACAGUGUGUGAAAGUGUUUUUCUCAGUGUGGAUUCAGGCACAACUCUGUAUGCGUCAGUGUUCGGUGGCACGGUUAAAAAAAGAAUAAAACAAGUUACUAUUU